GAGCACCGUCUCUUUGCCCAAGAGGGUCUUGAUGACAUCACAUCCUCCCCAAAGUGAGAUGCAGCCUCCAAAGUCAAGAAAGAACGAUCAUCUCAGCUGCACUGCACCGUCUCCAAGGACAGACACCCCCAGCAGAAGAUGGACGGGUCUCCUGCCCUGCUCCUCCUGCUCGCUCUGGGAUUCUGCUAUCCCGGAAUCCAUGGCCAGAUGUAUGAGAUGAAGAUCAGGUUUCGCAACAGCAUCACCCAGCUCCGGGUGGGACAGCGGCUGGAACUGGAGUGUCAGACUGACAAGAAGGACAGUGGCAUGUUCUGGGUCCGCCAGGACAAGAGUGGGACCCUUCACUUCAUUGUCUUCAUCUCUUCCAUAUCCAAGAUCACCUUCAAGGGGAAUCAGAGAACGUCCACACGCUUCGAGGCCAGCAAAGACAACACUAUCCAUCGGUUGGUAGUGAAGUCUUUCACACAGCAGGAUGAGGGGAAUUAUUUCUGCCUCACGAACAUCAACCAAAUGCUGUACUUCAGCCCUGGCCUGCCUGCCUUCUUCCCAGUCACCACCACAGUGGCACCCACCACAACAAGACCCACCACCCAGCAUGACAUCACCGAAAAGGAUCCGUUCCUGGAGACAUCAGAUCCAGAGACCAGCACAGAGAAUGAGCUGAAUUUCUUCUGUGAUCUUCUCAUCUGGGUUCCCUUGGCAGGUGUCUGCCUCCUGCUCCUCAUCGCCCUGGCCAUCACCAUCACACUCUGUCAACGCUGCCUCGGGAUCCAUGGCCAGAUGUAUGAGAUGAAGAUCAGGUUUCGUGACACCAUCACCCAGCUCCGGGUGGGACAGCGGCUGGAACUGGAGUGUCAGACUGACAAGAAGGACAGUGGCAUGUUCUGGGUCCGCCAGGACAAGAGUGGGACCCUUCACUGCAUUCUCUUCAUCUCCUCCAUAUCCAAAAUCACCUUCAAGGGGAAUCAGAGAACACCCACACGCUUCGAAGCCAGCAAAGACAACACUAUCCAUCGGUUGGUAGUGAAGUCUUUCACACAGCAGGAUGAGGGGAACUAUUUCUGCCUCAAGAACAUCAACCAAAGGCUGUACAUCAGCCCUGGCCUGCCUGCCUUCUUCCCAGUCAUCACCACACCAGGACUCAUCACCCAGCACAGCAUCACUGAAAAGGACCCCUGCAUCAAGACUCCAGAUCCAGAGACAACAAUGAAGGAAGAGCUGAAUUCCUUCUGUCACAUCUUCAUCUGGGCCCCCUUGACAGGCCUCUGCCUCCUGAUCCUCCAGCUCCUGAUGAUCACCAUCAUGCUGUGUCAACGUAAGACUCACCAGAACCCCCUCUAG